AGUAAUCCGGUAGACCGACCGCGUCAUAACUGCUUAAUAUUCAUAAGGUUACGGAAAAUACCGAUCAUUGACGAGAAAGUAAAAAUAGGCCAGCGCGGGUGACAUUGCACAUGGUGCGAUCAUGUGGAAAACGUUAUGGACACCCGUGACAGAGGACGGAUUGUGUGGGUGGGUGGGUACUUUUGAGGAUGCAGAAAAAAUCAGAAAAGCAUACGAAGUUGACUCAUCCAUAACAUUUGUUUCGGGGAAGAAGGAAGCUAACUUUGGAAGGCCAGAAAUCGUUAUUAAUGAGAAGUCUCGAGUACGAUUUAAUGAUGUUGGAGAUCCUUGUAUUGUUCCUUAUGACGGAACACCCUUCAUCAUUUUGGCUAGGUGUGAGAGACACUGCAUAUUCGGAAAAGACAAACACAAAAAGAAAAAGAAUGAGCUCAAAGAAGGGAGGGACUCUUGCCUUAAGGGUGAUCAUCCAGUCCCAAGAAAACGAAAACAAUUACUUCAAGCUUCUAAAAAGAAGGGUUGCCAGGCCAAGAUUGUAAUGAAGGAUGUUGUCUUCUUCCCUGAUUAUCAGGUGAAGAAAAACACGGAAAAAAUAAAAAGAAAUGCAAGUGAACAUCUGAGGGAUGACCUUUCUGAUGUACCUGAUAAUGUCAAUAAACAGAGGCGGAUUUAUAUUUUGCUUCCAAAGAGGGAGGAUCAUGGGUCAACACAUCUUACUGGACAACUUGCCGGCUUCAUGAAUCCUUUAUCCAAGGAAGUACGGGAUAAACUAGGGGAACUUGUUGGACACGGGGUUACAAGUGUCUCAGAGAUGCGUAGACAUCUGCAUGUGUAUGUUGAUACCCUGCUAUUUAAAGACAUGAAGCGUCCUGCAUUGUCUGAUGCUGCCUACUAUCCAACAGAUGAAACAAUUAGGACACAUAUAUAUCUUGCCCAGUUGCGGUUAAGGUACAAUGACUUGUUCAAAAAUAUAAUUUUAUCUAAUUCUACUCUGUCAACCAUUUGUGACCAUUUGUAA